AACCACCAUUGCACCAAAAUAGGCCUUUGGCCGGAAGUGCUGCCGGCCGGCUGGCCGAUGUACCCGGCGUUCUCGGGAACCUCGUCGCCAUGGCAAGGGGAGGAUCAGCCGUCCGAUCUGCAUCCAUCGUCCAAUGGAUGGUCACCGCCGGCAUCGCCAAGGGUCACUCUCCCCUGUUCCCGCGCUCGCGGCACAUCGACCAGCCGGCGCCGGCAAAUAAAAAUCUGAUUUUUAUUGCUUUUUUUUUAAUCUCCUUCUUCUUCGUCUCCACUCUCCUCUUCACCAAAUCAAUCCGGAGCUCGCGCUCGAGCUCUGCCCGCCCAGCUUCGCCGGACGCUCUAUAAAUUCCCCAACCCGGCCGCGGCCGUCCCGAAGACUUCUUCUUCCAGGUUAAUUGAUUCCGAUGGCACCGCCGCCGCUGCUGUUAUUGGAGGAGGGGACGGGCGAGAGCUCGUCGCCGCCCAGGGACGCCACCAAGUCGCCCCACAGCGACCUGCGGCGUAAGAUAUACGAGAAACUGGUGAAGGCCGGCAAGCAGGGAGGGCUUGACGAUUCCUCGUUCCGGGAGAUGCUCUACAACCAUUUCGACAAACUGCCGCGCAGGUAUCUAAUUGACCUGGGCGAGAAGAAGGCCGAGGACGUGCUCCUCCACCGGAGUGUCCUCCAGGAGUGCGCUUUACCAGGAAGCAGCGGUGCCGUCAUCCGCGCUCGCUUCCUCGAGUGCAUUCCAGAUAAAUCGGAUUGCGAGGGCACAAAUCCUGAGUCUGAUCAAUGCCAAAAGUUGGAAGACCUCACUUUGGAGAAGAAACAUGGUGCUGAUAACACGGGCUCUGUGUCUGCCUCGUCAAGGGAUUCAAACCAUAAACUUGUUCAUGAGAUCAUCUUCUCUUGCGUCGACAGGCCUAAACUCCUUAGUCAGCUAACUGCAUUGUUAUCUGAAAUUGGACUGAAUAUUCGUGAAGCUCAUGUUUACUCCACAACCGAUGGCUUUUGUUUGGACGUUUUUGUUGUUGAGGGGUGGAUGACAGAGCGGACAGAUGAGUUGAUCGCAAGGUUGAAGGAUAAGCUAAUGCAACAAAAUGGAGCACCAUCUAGUUCAACAGAUUCUUCUUCCUCGGUGAAAAUACGUGAGCUACGUCAACAGGUUGGAGAUUCUGAAAUUGACUGGAGCAUGGUAGAAAAGGGGGAAAGGAUUGCAUCUGGAUCUACUGCAGACUUAUACAGAGGAACAUAUAAGGGUUCUGAUGUUGCUAUAAAGAUGCUGAGAGUUGCACAUCUCAAUAACGCCUCAGAAGUUGAGUUCUUGCAGGAAGUACUUAUUCUAAGGAGUGUUAAUCAUGAAAACAUCCUUCAGUUUUAUGGGGCAUCCACAAGGCAUCCAAACUGUUGCAUUGUAACAGAAUACAUGCCUGAAGGGAACUUAUAUGAAUUUCUACACAAGCAAAAUGAUCUCCUAGAGAUCAAUGAGAUUCUAAGGAUCGCUAUCAGUAUCUCAAAAGGAAUGGAAUAUCUGCACCGGAAUAACAUAAUCCAUAGAGAUUUGAAGACUGCAAACGUGCUCAAAGGCUACGGACAAGUUCUGAAGAUUGCAGAUUUCGGUGUGUCUAGAAUUGGUAGUCAGGAGGGCCAAAUGACUGCUGAAACUGGAACAUACAGAUGGAUGGCGCCCGAGAUUAUUGACCAUAAGCCUUAUGAUCACAAAGCCGAUGUGUUCAGCUUCGCUAUUGUUCUAUGGGAAUUGAUAACAUUAAAGGUCCCAUAUGACGACAUGACGCCCUUGCAAGCCGCAUUGGGAGUAAGGCAGGGAUUCCGUUUGCAGAUCCCAUCAGGCACGCACCCAGGAUUGUCGAAACUGAUUCGACAGUGCUGGGAUGAAGAUCCUGAAAUACGACCUGCUUUUGGGGAGAUCAUCACACAACUCGAGGACAUGUUACAGCAAGUUCCGGUAGAGACGCCCAAAGGGGGUCAUCAUCGACGGUAUAGGGCCAAAAAGAUCCAAAAGAAAUCAUAGGGUUAGAGAGAAAAUACAGAAAGGUUUAUCUCACAUAUAUUAGCUGCUGCUUUUCCCCAAAGUUCCAACAGCAUGGAGUUGCGUGGGUCAGAGUAUCACAUCUCUUUCCUUUUUUGGAUUUUUGGUGCGUGUGUAACAUAGUGUUUGUAAAAUUGCCUGGCAGCGUGUAGUUCCUUCUCGCAUUUAAUAAACGAUGUAUCUAUAAUGUAUGUGUAGAUGGUAUAUUAUACGCUGAAGCUGAAGGAAAGCAUCAAUGUCAUCAUUUUUCUACUA